AUGUCAUCCAGACGGUCGGCACCUCCACCGAUGCAACAACUGCAACCACAGAUGUCUAUAUCCUACGGUGAACCAGAAAAAAAGCAGCGAAGCAAGUGUAUGUCUUUCGUGUGCUGCAUGUGGAAGGUGUUUACAUGCAUUUUUUCGCAUGUGACUCUCGUGGCAACAGUAGUAGCGUACUGUUUUCUCGGUGCAUUUACUUUCGAACAUUUGGAGGCGGAAAAUGAACGAAACGUUAAAAAAGGAAUCAGCUCUAUUCGGGUCAAUCUCACGGAUGCUAUCUGGAAAAUGACCAACGAUAGGCCAGUUUUACAUCAGCAAAAUUGGACUUCUGCUGCCAUAAUGCAUCUUCAGUCUUUCGAGAAAGAAAUACUCACUGCCAUGAAGAAGGAUGGUUGGGAUGGCAAUGAGGACGUGGAUCAAAUUCAGUGGACAUUUUUCGGAGCUCUGUUUUAUUCCAUCAUCGUCAUAACAACAAUCGGAUACGGUCAUAUAGCUCCAAAAACAUACAUGGGAAAAAUAUCGACCAUCUUCUAUGCUAUUUUGGGCAUUCCACUCAUGUUGCUAUGUUUAUCCAACAUUGGAGAUAUCAUGGCUAGCUCCUUCAGAUUUCUUUAUUGGCGUGUAUGUUGCUAUGUCUGUACAAGAGAACCUAAACGUUCCAAUUCUAGACGGAGCCGAAGCAGUCGUGGUACAGUAAGGCAAGGAAGAAGCUCCGUCAGAUCAGGCCAAGCAGCGGGAACGAAUUUAAGACGUUCAGUUCGAAAUUCACAACGUUCUGCUGAUUCAGGAUUCGACCCAUACUAUGAACCGGGUCUCUCUCAUUCAUAUUCGGAUACAGAUUGUAGGUACAACGCCGCCAUGGAUGAUCCGUACUAUCCAGAUAACGAUCGGGGUAUGCGACAACAAGCGAAAUAUGAUAACUCGAACUCCAACAAUUCAGGUGGAAUGCGAUCACAAAUGAGAGGUCCACCCAAUAACGACGCAUUCAUGAACGAUGAGUAUCUGUCAGCCUCGCCACAAGUAAAACGGCCACCGCCGGGACAUUCCCGUGCUGAAUCAAUGGGUCUUGAUCAGUCGCAACGUUCGCUGCAAAAACCUAGACAGAUCGACGGACAGUACAGAAAACAGCAAGGAAUGCGUGCACAAUCGCUAGAUCGUCGCAUGUUUCGACAGGACUCGCAGAUGAUAGACAUGGACGAUGAUUCACCAUGUAAAACGCCAAUACUAUGCAAUAAAUAUGCGCUAGACGACGUUGACGACCAAGACGGACGACCAGCGAGACCGAAUCCACGCAGUCAAUCGAUGCCGCGUCAGACCGGUCGCUACGGCGACCGUUUGAUGCCGGACCGGAUGCCCUACUACACGGAGGACAACGAGAUGCCAGAAAAUUUGCAUACCGUGCGCAAAUCAGCCCCUCAAAGACGACGUGAACCGCGUCCCGUGCCAGCGCCAUCACCACGCAUAAUGUCACCGAUGGGAUUCGCAGUUCAUCGCCAGGCCCGUCAUUUACAGAAUGUGAUCGAUGAUAACUCGCUCUACGAUGACGAAUGGGACAUCCACAGUGGCGAGCUACCACCGUCCUCCAUCGUGCGACCAGUGCCGAUCUGGUUGUGCGUAUUUCUAGUCGUUAGUUAUAUCAUUGCCGGCGCAUUUAUGUUCUCUGAAUGGGAAGAGUGGAGUUUUCUCGAUUCCGCAUACUUUUGUUUCAUCACCCUCACCACUAUUGGUUUUGGUGACUUUGUACCGGCACAAGGCGUUAAAAAUGAUUCCGAAAUUUCGAUAGCACUCUGCUCGCUUUAUCUCCUCUUUGGUAUUGCACUCUUGGCCAUGAGCUUCAAUCUCGUACAGGAAGAAGUGAUCUCGAACGUCAAAAGUGUUGCUCGCCGUCUUGGCAUACUCAAGGAAGAAGAAAUUGAUGACUAG